AGUUGUCCUAGCCCGGCAGGUCCUCAUGCGUAGUUGUGCUGUUGCGGACAGGACGGCUAACUAAUUUACUGUUGGCUGACGUUUUCCCCCAUACUAAUGUCACAGUUCGUCUCUGGCUCUUGGAUGUUCAACGUUUUUAACCUUGAUUUCGGUAUAGAACCUGGAGGCACAUAAUUAAGUCUAGUCAUGUCUGGAAUCAAUCGCAAAGAAAAGAAAUAUGCUAAGAAGAUGAGAAACCAACCUAGCAAUGUCACCUUUUCUUCAUGUGAUCCAGGGGCUGGUAGAUCUGGAAUAGAGUCAGUUGAAUCUCAGUCAGAUAUCAAUUAUAGAGAACAGCAGAGAGGUUCUCAUGGAGGAUAUUGCCACAGAAGCCAAGGAACUGAUCGUAAACAUCUUCAAAAUGUUCCCAAAUUCUUAUUUGCAAAAGACUUUGCUCAGUACCGUGCUGCAGAAAUCAGUGCCAUGUUAAAAGCAGUAGCACACAAAUCAAACUCCCAGUUUCUGCAGUCCCUACCACCACAUUUGCGCAGAAGAGCGAUGAGUGAUAAUGUUAAACGUCUUCCUCGAAGGCUCAGAGAAAUUGCAAAGAAGGAGAUGGAAAAGAUUGCCCACUUGAAAAAAGAACAACCAAAGAGCAAGUCUCGCAAAGCCCGUCGACGACAUGGGAAUUUGUUACUGGAAUUUAACCGAAGACAAAGAAAAAACAUUUGGCUGGAAACUCACAUAUGGCAUGCAAAAAGAUUCCAUAUGGUCAAAAAGUGGGGAUACUGUUUGGCCAAUAAACCAACUAUUAAAAGUUAUAGAGCCUGCUAUCGUGCUAUGACACACCAGUGCCUACUUCAGGAUUUGUCUUACUAUUGCUGUUUGGAAUUGAAUGGAACACAGGACAAUCUCUUGAAGGCUUUGGCACCUUUGAGCAGCAGAGAUGCAGGUACAACUUUUGCCUCUGUGGACUGUUUGUCAGGAAAACGGCAAGGGUCAUUGGUUCUCUACAAGGCUGAGCAAUACCCCAAGAAGCCACUGGGUCCUAUUACGUUCUUAUGGCGGCCCAAAGCAGAACCUGAAAACCGCUCUGAAAACAGGCAGCUAUGGAUUUGGGCACAUCCAGUACUUAAAAUGGAUAUAUUAACUGAGCUUCAUUUGGCCUGCCAAUGUUCAGAUGGUUCUUUACCUGAACCAGGUCCUAGUGAAAGCAGCACUUCAACAUCACAAGGAGCUGGUUUGAAAAGAAAACUGCAGGAUAAAGUUGGAGAGGAGGUCGUACCUAAGAAAAAAGUAAUAGGCAAUAGUACCAGAGAUCCAUUGACACCAGUUUCUUGGACAUCAUUAACUACUGGCAUUAUAAUAGAAGAUCUGACAAUGGAAAUUCUGAGGUAUCGACUGAUUGGACCCCUAUCUCAUUCAGUGAUAGCUGAAGUUUUGCAACCUGCUGUUGUCAUGGAAAAUUCUGAAGUGACAGAAGCGACAGAAACAAGAGCUUUGCCCUGCUGGUGGUCACAAUAUUGCAGGAAAUCUGAGGACGUGGCCCUUCAUAAUCGUCAAGGGGAUUUCCUUCAGUUACUUUCUGGUAUUGCUUCACCAGCAGAAAUUUCAACAGGGUCUGUACUUGGACUUACUGUGAGGGAUCCUCGACUAAACCUACCCGAGAAAAGAACCACAGCACUGGCUGACCCAUCAAAGUUUAAAGAUCUGGAAAAAGAAAAGGAGUUAUCUCUUAAAGGACUUCCCGCAGAAUGUGCUCAGAGUCUGAUCUGGGAUCGGAACAUUCGCAGUUUUGUUACAGAAACUAAAAUUUCCGAACAGGAGCUAAAUCAGAUGAAAAGCAAGCUCUUGGUCCCUGGAUCUCAGCUGAAUCUGGGGCAACAGGAAUCUAAGAUUCCUAUCCUGUUGGUGCAGCAACCUGGAAAAGUGGCUGGAAAAGAGCACAUCGGUUGGGGGAGUGGCUGGGAUAUCCUAUUCCCAAAAGGAUGGGGAAUGGCAUUCUGGAUUCCUCUGAUCUAUAGGGGCGUACGAGCAGGAGGUUUGCAAGAAGGAGUUAAGCAUUCUCAGUAUCAGGGAAUCCCAUGUUUCCCUGAUGAUUUUCCAGACUGUCCAGCUGGCAUGCGGCACAGUGAAGAGACUGAGAAAGAGCUAAUGGACAAAUACAAAAGAUAUCCACCUGCCAAGAGACCCAACUAUAUCCACUAUGGCACCAUGACUCCAUUUCGUUGUCCUUGGCAGCAACUUGUAGAGGGAUGGGAAGGGAAGUGCAAAGCUAACAGUGUCAAACCUACUCUCUGUGGCAAAGAAACAGAGCUAACUCCUGAAGUGCAGAACUCCAAGGAGAAUCCAGUUUGUACAGAUGAAGGAAAAAUGCCUAAGCAGUCAUCAAAUAACAAGAAAACUCCUGAGCCUGAGGAGGAAAUGGAAGAGGAUUCUGAAAAUCCUGUUCUUGGGCCAACAACUUCCAGUACUAAAGACAUUCCAGCAGAAAGUGAUCAUGUUUCUGUACUAAGGAGCAGAAAGUUAUUGAAGCAAUUGUCUGCAUGGUGUCGCCCCACAUCAAGCCGUGGUCAGCAAGCUAAACUCUCGCGUGGGUCUCUGCAAGUGCAGAUGGCAGCAGAUGUGGUGAAUUCCAUCGUGUGCUCCUAUCCCCGGUUCCUUGUCUGGGCCAGACUCUCGCCAUUGACAAAGGGCUGUCCCAUUGCUAAUGCAACAAUUUGUAUUCCAUCUGAGGAAGACCUCCAGUUUGCAGCCUCUGAGCCCCAGAGGUGUGCUCCUCAAGAACCAAAGCACAGAGACCCCUACAAAUGGCAAAUUAAAAUCUUGAAGGAGAAAAAGAAAGGGGCUUUGUCAAAAGAUCAAGAAAGUGGUUCUGGAGGACAGGACUUCAAAUCAGUUUCAAAUUAUCAAAAGGAUUUAGUUCUAGGCCUGUGGCCUGAUCCGCCACAGGAUGUGAUGUCCCACUGCUCCAGACUUACAAUUGGAUAUGUAAGCCAAGGAGAUUUUUCACUGAAUGUAGGCUGUGGGGAAGCUUUGGCAUUUGUUAGCUUAUUAGGACUCUUGCAUAUGCUGUCAAAUCAACCAGCAGAGAAGCGUGGCUUGGUACUUGUGAGGAACUCUGCUUCCCUGCAGUAUCGCCUCGCAAAAUUAAAUAUUGAAGUUUAAAAAGAUGCUACUAGAUACUUGUGCAAAUUUCAGGCGGUAUCUCAAAGCUUGUCUGAAGUUCACUGUUUACAUUCUGUCUCCAAUGGCCAGAGCUCGUCUUCAAUUAAAAUGGUACAUCCCGUUAAGCUGAGUUUGAAUUCUGAUGCUAAUUGACUCAUCAAAGAUAACUCUCUGAACAGAUUUGUUUCUUAUUUGCUAUUUCCAGCCAUGCAGUGCUAACAAAAUUGCCUUGCAUUGAUCUGCAUGUAGUUGAAAUUCAUUAUGACUGCAAUAUAUUUUACUGACAUUAAACUGAACUCUUGUUUGUUUUAAUUGUAAUCAGUGUUUGAAUCCAGAGGACUUAUGAGAGAUUAAACCCAUAUAGAAUAAAUUAAACAGUAAAUCAGUGCAGUUGAGUUUAUCACUAUAAAAACUAUAUCAUUGUAUAAGACAGCUAGGAUAAAUGUUAUUUGUUUUAUGCCUGUGUUAAACUUUAAAUUUCCAAAACAAAGUUAUGUACAUGAAAAAAAUAAAAAUACACAAGCACCAAAAAUCUGAAAUAAAAUUUCAGGUAUUGGGAGUCUUGGAUAAUACAUGUGACUGACAGAUCUAUUCUCAGUUAAGUAUCCUCCGUGAUGAACCCACAUUAUUAACACAGAAGUACAAGUAAAUCAGCUGGAAUGUGUUUAGGAUGCGGAAUGGAAGAGGUAGAACAGGUGUAGCUUCUUCAGUUACAAGGGAAGGUGCCGUAAGAAGAUGGGAGAGUGCAUCAGAGCAAUGCAAGAUGGGGGGGAGGGAGUGUGAAGAUUGGAGACAACUGCUGAAGGAACACAAAAUGCUACCAGUCCUGCUCUGAUAUACAGUUGCAAGUUGGUGGGCAUUAUGACUAGUUGCAUUGCCUCCUAAUAUGGAGUCUCCUACGUGCAGGAUCAAAAGAACUUGCAGAGGAUUGUAGACUCACCCAGCUCCACCACAGGCAUAACCCUCCCCCGCCAUUAAGAAGGAAGUACACAUGCCUGACGACCCACGCUCAAUGAUUCAGGAACAGCUUUUUCCCUUUUGCCAUCAGAUUUUCUAACAGUCUGUGAACACAACCUCUAUUUCUAUUUACUGCAUUACUUAUUUUUGUAAUUUAUAGUGAUUCUGUGUCUUUACACUGUCCUGGUACAACAUAACAAAUUUCAUAUUAUAUAAGUCAGUGAUUCUGAAUGUAUCAAUGCAUUUGUUUCUGGA